AUGGCUUCCUCAGCGCAUCCCAAGAUGGCGGGGCUGCUCGCCCUCUGCCUGCUCUCGCUGAUUGCGGUGUCAAUAGCUGCGCCCCUCGCUGGCCCCAAGUGCAAGAACCGGUUCCCCAAGUACCCGCUCUGCAAGUUCGUCAACGACAUGGCGACUUCGUUCACGCCCACCGUCGUCGACGCUGCCAGCGGGAAGACGCUUCAGAUUAGCGCCUACCAGAUCUACCACAAAUUUCACCGCGUCCUGCCCGCGACAAAGCAGUACGCGUACGGAAUGGACGCGAAGACGGAGUCGUAUCCGGGGCCCAUCCUGAUCGCGAAGAAGGGCGUGCGCACCAAGGUGUACUGGCAGAACAAGCUGCUGGACCGCCAGCACAUGUUCACCAACGACUUCACGCUCAUGCCCGGCAUGGCCAAGCCCAAGAUGGGCGGAAUUCCCAUCGUGGUGCACAGGCACGGAGGCGAGCAGAUGAGCGAUUUUGACGGGCACCCCGACGCGUGGUUCACGCAGUUCGGCGAGGUUGGCCCCACCUUCAAGUCGCGCCUCUACCGCUACGGCAACAUGCAGAGCGCGUCGCUCAUUUGGUUCCACGACCACGCGCUCGGGUGGACGCGCCUCAACACGGUGGCGGGGCUGGCAGGCGCGUACAUCAUCGUGGAUCCCAAGGGCGAGGAGAAGAACCUCCAGUUCCUCCCGCAGCCCGGCAGCGGCCGCUACGUGCCUCUCGUUCUCGCCGACCGCUCGUUUUUCGCCAACGGGUCGAUCGACUACCCGAACGUGGGGAUCGUGCCGAAGGUGCACCCGAACUGGGUUCCCGAGUACUUUGGUAACCACAUUCUGGUGAACGGCAUCAUGUGGCCGUACCUCAAGGUCCGGCGUGCGCUGUACCGCUUCCGCGUGCUGGGCGGGUCGAACGCGCGCUUCUACAACCUCAAGUUCACGUGCGCGGGACGCGGAGACUACCCCAACUUCACGCCCCCGCUCAAGGGCCCCAGCCUCGAGAUUAUCCAGGUAAACUGCUGCUUGUAUGAAGCGCUGUCCACUAGGUCGUCUGAAAUUCCUGUUCUAAUAGUGUACAUGCCGGUACAUCCUUUAUUUUUUUUGCGUUUUCCCAUCUCAUCACUUGUUUUUCCAUCUGUUUCGGCGGUUCAAAUCGGUUCGGAUGGCGGGUACCUGGCGGCGCCGGUGCGGAUGUCGUCGCUGCUGGUGAUGCCGGGCGAGCGGAUGGACAUUCUGGUGGACUUCAACGGCGCGCCCGGGCACUGCAAGGACGUCAUUCUCACCAACGACGCGCGCGCCCCCUACCCUGCCGGCGAGCCCGCCGAUGCCAACACGGGCGUCAACAUGCGCUUCGUGCUGAAGAAGACCAAGAUACCAUCCCCGCCCAUCCCUAGCUCCCUCGUCGUACGCCUCCAAUCCCCUCCCCGCCUGUCACUACCACCCUCGUCGUACACGGAGCAGAGCAUUCCUCGGGUGGAUGUUGCUAGCGCGGUGCGGUCGCGGUUCAACACGCUGGUGGAGAUCAUGGACCCCGCGACGCAGCUGCCCAUCCGCGUGACCAUCGACGGCAAGAUGCACCACGACCCCGCCACCGAGAUCGCCAAGGAGGGCACGGCGGAGCUGUGGAACAUCAUCAACCUCAGCGCGGACGCGCACGCCAUGCACCUGCACCUCAUCCAGCACCGCCCCAUCUCGCGCCGCCCCUUCGACAUCGCCAAGUUCCAGGCGGGCAAGUGCUCGUUCAAGGACAAGACCAAGCCCAGCUGCUACACUGGCCCCGCUGUUGAGGUGAACGCGAAUGAGCGUGGGUGGAAGGACACGACCAUGUCGCAGCCCGGCCAGGUGCUCACGAUUUACACUCCGUUCUACCAGCAGUCGGGGGUGAAGACCUUCGAGUUUGAUGCGAGCCGUGGACCAGGCUAUGUGUGGCAUUGCCACAUGCUGGAGCACGAGGAGAACGACAUGAUGCGGCCGCUCAUCAUCACAAAAUGA